AUGGAAGCAAUGAUAGAAAUCUUCAAGCAAGUCAAAAUUAACCUCUCCUUGUUAGAGGCCAUCAAACAAGUGCUUUCUUAUGCUAAGUUUUUGAAGGACCUUUGCACCCAAAAACGUAAAGUCAAACCCCAUAUGUCUCAAAAGGUCUUUCUUACUGAACAAGUCAGCUCUAUUCUAUUACACAAAACACCAUCUAAGCUUAACGACCCUGGUACACCUACUAUCACUUGCACUAUUGGUGAUCAUUUCAUAGAUAGAGCCCUCCUUGACCUAAGUGCUAAUGUGAACCUUCUUCCAUAUUCUAUGUAUGAGGAGUUUGGGUUAGGGGAGUUAAAAUUGACGACUGCAACCCUUCAGUUAGCCAAUCGUUUCCUCAAAGUGCAACGAGGAAUGAUUGAGGAUGUCCUUGUCAAGGUCAACAAAUUUUAUUUUCCCAUCGACUUUCUUGUCCUUGACAUGAAACCCGUAGUCACUCUUAAGAGGCCAAUCCAUGUCAUUCUCGGUCGACCUUUCUCCGCCACGGCCAAUGCUAACAUUAACUGUCGGACUAGGUUUAGGAACAUGCAAGUCAAGCUUAACAUUUUUAGUGCAUCCCAACAUCCUUCACGUGAGGAUGACUGUUUCAUGAUUGACAUUGUCGAUGAGUUAGUUGAGGGUACCUUACCCUUCGUCCUUGCUGAAGAUCCUCUAGAGAUCUGUCUCGCCCACUUUGGUUUUGAGGCCUUCGACAUUGAUCGCUCCAUUGAGGAGGUCAAUGCUUUACUUAACUUUUCUCUACCUUUUGAUUUUCCACCAUAG